AUGUCGCGAACAUUCAAGUCACUCCUCUUUCCACUGCUUGGUGGUUUUGCUCUUAUGCUCCUAGUUCAUGCCCAGGAUGAAUCAGGCUUCAUUAGCAUAGACUGCGGCCUUGCCGGAGAUUCUAGCUAUACUGAAAAGACAACAGGCAUUAACUACACUUCAGACACAAACUUCAUAGACACUGGUGAAGUUAAAUUUGUAUCACAUGAUUACAAGAACGAAUAUCAACAACAAUAUUGGUCUGUUAGGAGCUUCCCUGAAGGAAUAAGAAACUGCUACAAAAUAAAUGUUACGAGUGGCAGCAAGUAUUUGAUCCGAGCAAGUUUCCUGUAUGGAAACUAUGAUGGCCAAAAUAAAUUCGCAGAAUUCGAACUACAUCUUGGACCGAAUUUGUGGGAUUAUGUGAAAUUCGGGGAGUAUGGCGUAGAUUUUGAGCUCAUACAUAUUCCCUCGCGAAAUUACAUGCAUAUAUGUCUUGUAAACACAGGAUCCGGGGUUCCAUUUAUAUCAACAAUAGAGAUAAGGCCUUUACUUAAUGAAACUUAUCAGACACAAGUGGGGUCUUUAGCACUUGUCUCGCGGUAUGACACUGGUGCUUUAGCAGCCACUUUUGAAGGAUAUAGGUAUCCAAAAGAUAUUCAUGAUCGCUUCUGGUAUAUCUAUGCCCGCGAUGAUUGGACACAGAUAAAUACCUCACUCACCGUUAACCCUGGAUUGUUUUACAAGCCACCAUCUGAUGUCAUGCGUACUGCUGCCACGCCGAAAAGUGCAAGUGGCUCCUUGGAUUUCUCCUGGAAGCCAGUGGAUAAAAAUUCAGAAUAUUAUGUUUACAUGCACUUUGCAGAAGUUGAAAAGCUCAAAACUAACCAUUCUAGACAGCAAUAUGUGACUAAGAACGGAGUGCUCUUUCAAGAGCUUUUUUCUCCUGAAUACUUGUACACAAGAACUCUUUUCACCCGUUUGGCUGUUGGUGGAGAAGUACAAUAUAAUUUUUCAAUCUUUGCGGCUGAGAACUCUACCCUUAAACCCAUCGUCAAUGCCAUUGAGCUUUACAUGGUAAAAGAAUUCUUAGAAUCAGAGACAAAUGAAGAAGAUUUUGACGCAAUCACAAACAUCAAGUCAACUUAUAAAAUUACGAAGAACUGGCAAGGAGAUCCAUGUGCCCCUGAAGUUUUCUUGUGGAAUGGUCUAAACUGUAGCUAUCGUGAAAAUGAGACCCCAAGAAUCACAUCCUUGAACUUAUCCUCCAACGGUUUAACAGGAGGGAUAGCUCUUUCCAUAGCCAACCUAAGAAUGAUACAGACACUGGAUUUAUCAAACAACAGCUUAACAGGACAAAUUCCUGAAUUUUUGUCUCAAUUGCCAAAUUUGAAUGUCUUGAACUUGGAGAAAAACAAACUCACAGGCCCAGUUCCUGUAGGACUCAUUGAAAGAAGAAACAAUGGCUUGCUAUCAUUAAGGUAUUUCCAUACAAAUUGGAAGAUGGUUGAGAAUUAUAACAGCUGCCCUGCUGCUAAUGUUACAGAGGAUAUUAUAUUAUUGGUACCUAUUAUUAAUCCAAAUUUAACUAUUGUUGCUAUCAACCAUCUUGACAUCAGUUUGUGCGAAAAUCUAAACACGUCCGAACAAGUUUCUUGCGAAAAGAAGGAGAUGAAAAAGAAGAAACAGAAUUCCAAUAUUGUUCCCAUAGUUGUGCCAAUCGUUGGAAUAUCAAUCCUCUUAUUAUCUGUGGCAGCUAUCUGGUGGGGGAUUAAAAGGAGAAGACAAAAUGCCACCAUUGGGUUCUUGGAGUCAAGAAAGCGACAGUUUGCAUACUCGGACAUACUAACGAUUACCAACAACUUAGAGAAGAUUCUUGGCAAAGGGGGGUUUGGAACAGUUUAUUAUGGGUGCAUAGACAAAACUGAAGUAGCUGUCAAGAUGCUUUCUCCAUCAUCAGUUGAUCUUCUUCUGAGAGUUCACCAUAUAAACUUGAUUAGCCUUGUAGGAUAUUGCAAUGAUAAGACCAACAAAGGGCUCGUUUACGAGUACAUGGCCAAUGGAAACUUACAAAAACAUCUUUCAGGUAGCAGUUCAAAUGUCUUGACUUGGGAAGGUAGACUUCAAAUAGCAAUAGAGGCUGCCCAAGGAUUGGAAUAUAUGCACCAUGGUUGUACACCACCUAUGAUCCACAGGGAUGUCAAAUCAUCCAACAUCUUGCUGAAUGAAAAUUUCCAAGCCAAGAUAUCUGAUUUUGGCCUAUCUAGAAAUUUCACUGAGGAGGAUGGUACUCAUAUAUUCACAGGUGUUGCUGGCACUCCUGGGUACCUUGCCCCCGAGUACCACGACUCAAACAGGCUAAAUGAGAAAAGUGAUGUUUAUAGCUUUGGGGUUGUACUGUUGGAGAUCAUCACAGGUCGACCUGUUUAUUCAAACACACAUGAUGAGAGAAUUCACAUAAGUAACUGGGUUGCUUUCAUGCUUUCGAACGGGGACAUUUCCGGUAUUGUUGAUCGGAGGUUGGAGGGAAGUUUCAAUGUAAACUCUGUUUGGAAAGCUGUGGAAAUAGCAACAUCAUGUACAUCAGCAGAUGCCAUCAAAAGGCCUACCAUGAGUGAGGUAGUGAUGGGAAUAAGGGAAUGUUUGGCAACAGUACUAGCUCAAACAAAUCAGACUGGCAUUGAAACAAAUUUAGUACCUAUGGAAAGCCCCACAGUUAGGUAG